AUGGCUGUUACUAAUUCAGUGCUCCAUCCUCCCUGCCAUUUUGUCGUUGCCUGUGACGAUGGCUGUUUAGGUUAUCUGCGCAUCUGUUGGAAUUCCGCCUCUGGCUGGAUCUGUGUCUUCCUCGUGGGUAUUGUUGCAGGUAUCGUCGCCGCCAUCAUCGAUAUCGGUUCACCUUGGCUAUCCGAUCUGAAGGAGGGCAUUUGUUUAGAUGCUUUUUGGUUCAACCGCGCCCAGUGUUGCUGGUCCUCCAACAGUUCGGGUAAAAGUUGUGACGAGUGGUACACUUGGUCAAGACUGCUAAUGAAGAAAGAUCCUACUUCUGAGCAUCCAGAUGCCUACUUCAUCGGCUAUGUGUUUUUUGUUUUGUGGGCUGUGUCGUUCUCUGGACUCUGUGCUCUCUUCGUGCGGACCUUUGCCCCCUAUGCGUGUGGUAGUGGUAUUCCUGAAAUAAAAACUAUUCUCAGUGGCUUCAUCAUCCGUGGAUACCUCGGAAAAUGGACGCUACUAAUCAAGUCCUUGGGCAUGAUUCUCGGUGUCGCGGCCGGCCUUAGUUUAGGCAAAGAAGGCCCUAUGGUGCACAUGGCCUCGUGUUGUGGAAACAUUUUGAGCUACCUAUUUCCGAAAUACUCCAAAAAUGAGGCCAAAAAGCGUGAGAUCUUAUCAGCUGCGGCCGCGGCAGGUGUUGCGGUGGCCUUUGGGGCCCCCAUCGGUGGUGUACUUUUUUCUCUGGAAGAAGCCAGCUAUUACUUUCCCAUGAAAACCAUGUUCCGUUCCUUCUUCUGUGCUAUGGUCUCUGCGAACCUCGUUCGCAUGAUCAAUCCCUACGGAGAUGAGCACCAGGUUAUGUUCCAGGUGGAUUACAAGGCCCAGUGGCACAUUGCUGAAUUAAUCCCGUUUGCUGUCCUCGGGAUGCUUGGUGGAAUUUUUGGUACCUUGUUCAACCGAUCUAAUCUGUACAUGUGCCGUCUUCGCAAAACCACCUGGCUGGGAAAGUAUCCCGCUCGUGAGGUGUUUAUCGUCACCUUGGUAACAGCUAUUUUCUCCUUCCCGUUGACCUACCUGCGCAUGAAUACCAGUGAUUUGAUUCGUUUGAUGGUCAGCUCUUGUGGUCCAGGUGAAUCCGGUUCCCUUUGUGACUACAAAGUGAAUCUUAGUGAUCCUCAAGCCGUGCUUUUGGGAAGCUACCCCGCUGGCCCUGGCGUUUCAUCGGCCAUGUGGAUGUUGGCCGUAACGCUACUUUUCAAGGGCGUGAUUACCGUCUUCACCUUCGGCAUUAAAGUUCCUACUGGUCUCUUCAUACCCUCCUUAGCGGUAAGUCACCUUUUUCAUUUUGGCUCUUUGCUUCUAAACUCUAGCACACAAUGCUACUUGCAUUUCGUUAUCACGCUGACAUCGAAGGCUGUCUGUAUUUCUAAAGCUUUUCGAAUGCAAAUCAUUAUUCCAUACCCGACAUAUCUACAAAAACUCUCCGAGUAG